AUGUCGCUCGAAGAAGAAAAAGAAAUUUGCAAUCAAGCAUUCUUACUCGAAAGCAACAAAUAUAAAGACAAAAUUUUACCGGAUAACAGAAUUGAAACUAUAUUUGUUAGACAUGUAAUGAAUAAUUUAAUGAAGGGACUGAAUGAUGACUUAAUGACCUUGAAAAGUAUUAAAAAUGUUGAUGAAUUGAGCAAGAGUAUAGUCGGAGGGAAUAUUGUUGCAGAUGAUUUUAGUGUAAGGAUGUCGGGAGAGAAACAAGAAGAUGAUAAACCAGUUCCAUUUGAAAUUUUUGUAAUUGAAGAUGAUACAAUCAUGAAUGCCGUCUCAUUUGGGAUGUCGAAGAAGAUUCUUGUGUUCACGGGUUGGCUAAAUAUAAUUGAAUACGAUGAAGAAUACCUUUCGGUUACUCUGGCUCAUGAGAUAGGGCAUAUUAUACAACGGCAUGCUAACACAGCUCGCACUUUAUUAUGGCCAAUCUUAUCUGUUCUUGGGCCUUUAAUAAAUGACUAUCUAAAUGCGGUCACUCAAGAACUAGUUGAAUCGUAUGGAUCAGGUAGAUAUAAUCAAAAGGAAGAAAAAGAGGCCGAUAUAAUAGGACUACAAAUUAUGGCUUUAUCAGGUUAUCACCCGAAGAAAGCAGUGGAAUUGUGGGAGUAUAUUUCGAACAUUAACCAGCGGAUUAAACAAAUGAUUGAUGAAGAAGAUAAGAAUAAAGUUGACACUUUGGUAUUACCAUCAAUAGGCGAUACCACAAACACAGACAAUUCUGCUGAUAUUUCCACUAUAUCAACACAAGAUACUAGAAAACCACAUAUAAUAUUGGAAAAUAUUUCCGAAUUUUUUUCGUCACAUCCAAUGGAAACAGUUAGGGCAAAAUAUUUGGUUGAUUUUUUGCCCGAAGCAGAGGGAAUAUAUGAAAAUGUAGUUGCCAAUGGAGGAAAAGCGCGACUCUUUUCUUUGGCAGAGUACGGAUUGGAGAACCCCAUUGAAGGAGUUAAACGAGUCGAAGAAUGGUUGGUUUCCAAAAUUUGGAAUGGGAUCAAAUGUCUAAUUGGUUUAUGA